CCCUCGCCGGGGCAGUCCACCUGGCUUAAGAGUCUGGUGGUUCCAGUUGGAAGGCGACCCGGCACCAGGUCAUCCCCAGUUGCUCAUACCCGGAGGUCCGCGGCAUCGCAAGCUCUGCGACAUGUCGAUGCUGGCCGAGCGUCGGCGGAAGCAGAAGUGGGCUGUGGAUCCCAGAAAUACCGCAUGGAGUAACGAUGAUUCCAAGUUUGGCCAGAGGAUGCUGGAGAAGAUGGGGUGGUCUAAAGGAAAGGGUUUAGGGGCUCAAGAGCAAGGAGCCACAGAUCAUAUAAAAGUUCAAGUUAAAAAUAACCACCUGGGACUUGGAGCUGCAAUCAAUAAUGAAGACAACUGGAUUGCUCAUCAGGAUGAUUUUAACCAGCUUCUGGCUGAACUGAACACUUGCCAUAGACAGGAAACAAUAGAGUCCUCAGACAACAAGGAAAAGAAAUCUUUCAGCCUUGAAGAAAAGUCCAAGAUCUCCAAAAACCGUGUUCAUUAUAUGAAAUUCACAAAAGGGAAGGAUCUGUCAUCUCGGAGCAAAACAGAUCUUGACUGCAUUUUUGGGAAAAGACAGAGUAAGAAGAUGACCGAGGAUGACUCCGGACCCGCCACUCCAGAUGAGAACGAAACCUCCACUACGACAACCAGUGCCUUCACCAUCCAGGAGUACUUUGCCAAGCGGAUGGCAGAGCUAAAGAACAAGCCACAGGUGACGGCUGCAGGGGUAGAGACCCCAGGGGAAACGAAAGUGGGGAAAAAAAGAAAGAAAGAGGCAAAAGAUAAAAAUGUGGAGAGUUAUACCCAACCCAAGUCCAAGAAGAAGAGAGACCAAGUUGAGCAGCAGCUUGGAGACCCUCACUGGGAUGAGAAUUCCGAUGCUUCUGCUGAGGAUGGAAUGCAUUGUGUGUGGCCACUUGGUGACCAGGACGUACCACCAAAGCCCAAAAAGAGGAGAGAAAAGAAAAAGCCACAGAAGCAAGUUGAGGCAGCAGUGAAUGUUACGCUAGAUGAAACUCCAGUGAAAAGGAAGAAGAAAAAGAAGAAAGGUUCCAAAUAAAAUUCUCUCAAGCCAGGGCCUUCCCACCACUCAGAUGGCAGGGCGCUGCCGGGCAAACAGACACCUUUGGCCUGAAGUCAGAGCAGAGUUCGCCCAAGAGCUGGUGCACAUCUUUUAACAUGCCCGUGGAUUGCUGCGUCUCGCCCUCUCACCACAUUUUCCCCAAAUCGUAUUCCCAAAAGAACUUUUUACUGUUCCAAAUCAUGGCUCUCAUAAACAAAUAAAUUUCGUUCUAGACUCUGAACCCUUCA